AUACUCAUGGUUGGCUGCACUGUAGAACUGAAAUAAAUUGCCACCACGUCAAUCGGCAUUUUUUUGAUGAUCUGAUAUUUGUGUUUAUAUUAAGUAAAAAAUGGUUAGUUUAAUCAACACAGUGGACACAGGACAUGAGGAUAUCAUCCAUAACGCAGUUCUUGAUUACUAUGGUUCACAUUUAGCUACUUGUUCAUCAGAUGGUUCUGUUAAAAUUUUUGAUGUUAAGAAUGGAAAUCAGGUGCUUGUAGCUGAUUUAAAAGGUCAUCAAGGACCGGUCUGGCACAUUGCUUGGGCACAUCCUAAAUUUGGAAACAUAUUAGCUUCUUGCUCUUACGAUCGUAAAGUAAUUAUAUGGAAGGAAAAUGUUGGUAACUGGACUAAACUCUACGAAUACAAUAAUCAUGAUUCGUCUGUCAAUUCAGUAGCAUUUGCUCCAGCUGAACAUGGAUUAAUAUUGGCUUGUGGAAGCUCUGAUGGUUCUAUAUCAAUAUUAACAUCCAACAUUGAAUAUGGCGUUUGGGAUAGUAAAAAAAUUCCGAAUGCGCAUACUAUAGGUUGUAAUGCAGUUUCUUGGUGUUCAUCGACUGUCCCUGAACCAGCGUUUGAUCAGCGCACUGUUGCUCGUAAUGUCACUGUGAAACGCUUAGUUAGUGGUGGAUGUGAUAAUUGCGUAAAAAUUUGGCGUGAAACUAAUGACCGUUGGAUAGAGGAGAACCGUUUAGAAGGACACUCAGAUUGGGUACGCGAUGUGGCGUGCGCGCCAUCAAUUGGUUUAGCUAGAUCUCAAAUAGCUUCAGCAUCGCAGGAUCGUCAUGUUAUUAUAUGGAAUAGUGCAGAUUUGAUUACAUGGUCUUCUACUAUCUUACAUACCUUUGACGAUGUAGUAUGGAGUGUAAGUUGGUCAGUUACAGGAAAUAUACUUGCUGUUACUGGAGGAGAUAAUAAAGUAACAUUGUGGAAAGAAAAUAAUGAAAAUCAGUGGAUAUGUCUGAAUGAUGACGCAACGGUAUCGGGUGCACAACAAAGUGAACAAAGAACACUAUGAAUCAAUAAUAAAAUAAAAUUUUUAUAUAAAAAUAUUACUUGUCAUUAUAAAGUUACUAAAAACAUA